AUGGUAAGACUGUGUCCUCAUGAUGGUGACGACUCUACUAACAGUUCCGAGAGAAAUUUUCUCGAAUUGCUGGACAAUUUGUUAGAAAAAAGAAACGAUGUUAUAAAAACAACACUAAACAAGGAAACUAUCAAUGAUUAUUCCAAAAAUGGUCCCAGAGAAAUAGAAAAUGAUAAAAGUGUGGAAAAUACUGAAGGUAUUAAAGAGUCUUCUUCUACAAUUGACGGGAACUAUAAUUUCAGACGCGCUAAGAAAUUUGUAGCCAGAAAAAUAUCUGCACUAAAUAAUGCUCUUAUAGAAGACACAGCUCAAGAUCAAAAGCAGACUGAAGAAUUGUUUUAUGAGAAAGAAAAUAAUACCCCAACAAAAAGACCCAAUAACAUAUACGAAGUGAAAGAAGUCACUGAUUCUGAUUUAUUAACUUCCGAUCAAAACCAUCAACAUCACAGAACAUAUUUUUAUGAACCUUUUAAACUAAAAACUUCUACCAGCAAUAAUUUCACCAGCAACCUUUUUAGCAUCCUUGCAAAUUAUAAUAUCAGAACCAGUGAUAAACUGCCAAAUUAUGCUCUAUCUCUUAGGCAAAACAGUCGCAAUUCGGAUAAUCACGAUUUCAUAUACGUGUACGUCCCUAUAAAAAUACCCUUGAGAUAUAAUAACGCUAAUCAUUUACCCCUGGACCCGCUGCUCGCUGUUUUUCUGUCGAACUAUGGUCAUUACAUACCAGGUCUGUACGGGUAUACGAGAGGUUUCAGUAACCUGUACGGUAAUCUCGCCUCCAACAACAUCCACAAUAAUAAACCUUUCGGGUCUUACAAACUGUUUUCCGAUACAGAUAAUACCAAUUUAUAA